GGACCACCAACUCUCACAAGUCACUCAGGAAAUAUUUCUCCUGAUUCCUGCAGCUGCAGCACUAACGCCUCUUGUUCAAAGACAUCAACAGCAUCUCCAGCUUUUUGACUUGCUUCUCUUCUGAGUUCAGUCAGAUCACAGCUGUUCUUUCACACCUGAGUGAUCAGUAUGCAGCAGCAUUCAAACAGCUUUCUGUUCCUUCUCCUCAUGGCUUUCAUCGCAGGGAUUGUUUUGUCUCUUCCCCCAACGCCACAGAGGAGCAGAGUGAGGCGUCAGAACAUGAAGGUCCGUAUCAGCACCAAAGGAGACACCAUAGUGAUGAAGUUUCUGCACCCGAACACCGACACUAAGCUGGAGGGCUACAUCCUGGGCUACGGAAGCAGCAUGUUCUCCAAACAGUUCAUUCAGCUGCCUGAGAAUGGACAGCCAUAUGAGACAGAGUUUGAUGCUGAGCCCAAAUACCUUGUAGCUGUCCAGCCCAUUCUGACUAAUGAGGUGAAAAAGCAAUGCACAGGUAAAGUACAACUGGAGAAGCCGCUGAAUGUYGUCAUUGGGUCGGUGACGCCCACCUCAGUUAUCCUAUCCUGGGGAACUCUGCUGAAAAUCCCCUAUGAAGGGAAUGUUAUGAAUGACUGUUUAGAAGAUGGACACUACACGGUUCGGUAUCGUGAGAAGAACAGGAAGUGGAACUACCAGACCUGCCCAACAAGUGACACGGUCAUCGACAAUCUGAAGCCAAACACGGUCUAUGAGUUUGGAGUCCAGUCUAAUUCCAAAGAUGGCACCGGAAUGUGGAGCAAGCCAGUGGUUCAUAAUAUCAGCACACCGGUCCUCCAGAAGAAAUUCACCAGGAAGAUCUUUAAACGACCCAUCAGUCCUGUGAAACUCUUUCCUCCUGGUCCUAAAUCAUUCCCCUUCCCUCCCCAACCUGCAGUUCUUCAAAACAAGACCCAGGGCAAACAACCCAUCUCUCGGAAUCUAAUCCCACAAACAACUCUUGCUUCUCCUAUCACAACUGCUAAACAGGAAUUUCCACCCACUGCCGGACCCAAACUGCCUGUGGUCAGCAAGCAGCCAGUUGGAGGAGCAGAACUCACCCGAUCUCCAUUGCCUCUUUCUCCAAAAGUCCCUUCAGUUCCAAGGCUCUCUCCUGUCACAGUCACCAUGGCAUCUGUGCCAGUAUACCAAGCCAAACUGGAAAAUCAUGAAGACCAUUCAAAACAAAUGUCCCAGUUUCAACCUAAUGCACAAACUCGACAAAUACAGCCAACAACUUUACAGCCCUCACCAAAUCCCCACAUAGAGCCAGAACCACUUGCAACAUCCCCCCCAGAACUCCAGAUGAAAUCAGAACCCGAAGAAAAAACUCAGCCGUUACUGCAGACCCACAUUUGGUCACCACCUAAACCAGAACCACAUCUUCAACCAGUUCAUCAAACCACACUGCAGCCUCAGUAUGAACCAAAGUCACAACCAAUACCAACGACAAACCACCAGAGCUUACCUCCAACACAACUGCUAAUGACUCAGAACAAGUUGCAGGCACAAUUCCAACCAGCUCCUCAGCCCACAUUGAUGAUAAGUCAGCAAACCAUUCAGCCCACACCUCAGAACACACCUCGUAUCCAAGAAACACCACCAGAAAUUCACACCGACUUUCAACCACAGCCAGAAACUAGUUCUUAUUUUAGGCCACAAAUUCACACAAAACCUCAACCAAUGACACCACAAACACAGUCAACCCAAACACCACAAAGACAAAACACAAUUUUUACUAAAUCCAAGCCCACAACACAAUCUGAACCUAAGAACCUGGCCGAGCUCCACUCAUCGACCAAACCAGGAAAGCUCACUCCAAAACCUACAGUUAAGAACCAACAAGGACAGAUGGCAAUUCAAACACCCCACCAGUCACAUUCUCCAUCAAAGAGCCCAUUCCAAAUCACACUUCCCACUAAGGAGCAUCCUGCAUCUGGGCCACAUCCAAAACGUCAGCCAAGUGUUCAGUCAGAGCCUCAAACCAGGACCCAGGCUGACCACUCCAAGGAUACCCCAGUGAAGGCAGUUCAUAAGGCCCCUAAUCUACAGGAGGAGACCAAACCUUUACCAAGACCUGCCUUGGCCACAGAGAAGGCUGGUAGUUAUAAUCAUGGCCCUGGAAUCAUCAAAUCAUCUGUUGAUGAAGUUCCUCAUUCUCCCAUUAGCUCAUCAGUUCUUAAAGCAGGAAGAAAUGCCACAGUCCCUGUCACCCGGGUUCCUUCUCCCUCCACCAAUCAGGGUGUGAGAACUUUCUCUCAAUCCAAGACCUCCUCUCACAGCUCCAUCACACAUGAGGCAGCCAGUGGAGUCCAUCACAGCGGUAAUUCUCUUCCCAAACCUGUGGUGUGGCCAGGAGAAAAACCUGUUCUGCGCCCUCCUGCUCCUGAGAACAAGAAACCCAAUCUGGUGGGGGAAUCCAAAGAUGAUGAUAAACUGAAACUAGAAGACAAGGACUCCAUCCUGAAACCGAUCCCAGUGGUCACAGCCAAACCAAAGCAGGAGCGCAAGCACCAGACAACCACAGCCAUCCCUGCUGUAAACAGCAGCCGCUUUGACAUGCAUGAAAACUCGUCCAUAUUCAGACCCCUGCCUGCAUCUGAGGUAGACAUCAUGGGCAAAAAACGUUUUGUUGCUCCACAUGUCAUCUACAAGACAGAUAAGAAGCCAGAUGAGCCAUGCUCCAUCACUUCCUCCAUGGCUUACUUCCCUGAUGAGGAAGGCAGCGAUCAGAAUGUAACCGGUCCUCCCCGGACAGCGCCGUCCAACCUCACUGUGGUUACAGUGGAAGGCUGCCCGUCCUUCGUCAUCCUCGACUGGGAGAAAUCUGAUAAUGACACCAGAGAGUAUGAGGUUGUGUCCAUAACCACCGGACCACAUGGGAAAGAGGUGUCCAUCCUGAUGACCAACCAGACGCACACAACUGUGGAGAAUCUCACACCAGAAAGCAAUUAUGAAUUCAAAGUGACGCCAAAGAACGAACUGGGAACCGGACCCUCCAGCGAGCCAGUUACUUUUAGCACAGAAUCAGCGGAUCCACGUGUGAGCGAACACGCUUCAGGUAAAAAUGCCAUCUGGACUCAGUUUCCAUUUAAAGCCGAUGCCUACUCYGAAUGCAACGGGAAGCAGUACAUAAAGAGGACUUGGUACCGAAAGUUUGUGGGCAUCCAGCUCUGCAACUCCUUGAGAUACAAGAUCUACCUGAGUGACUCGCUCAAUGGGAAAUUUUACAACAUUGGAGAUCAGACGGGGUACGGUGAGGACCACUGYCAGUUUGUAGACUCCUUCCUGGAUGGUCUGACUGGAACCAGGAUGAUGUCAGACCAGUUACAGAGCAGACAAGGGUUUUUCAGAGCAUUGAGACACGAACCUGUACACUUCGGAGACAUUGGCGGAAAGUCUCAUGUGACGUAUGUGGGCUGGUAUGAGUGUGGCACGCCCAUACCUGGUAAGUGGUGAGAUCCCAAAAGGAAGACUUUCUCUGAUGAGGAAGAAGAGGAAGUGGCUUAAGGCCUACAAGGACUUGAGUCUAUCUUUUCAGUAGAUGGCAUUGUCUAAUUUCCUAGACUCUUCAGAUGUGAACAUUGGAUGGAGUGUUARUUGUCACACAAUCCUUGUUAAUGUUUGCAACAAUGCAAAUGUUUUGUAUUUAUCAACAAUGUUACAACAGACAAAAGAGGAUGGGAYCUGGAUAAACCAAAACAAUGAACUUACAUUAAUUAUAGAAAUAAUAUUGGGAAGCUGGCUCCCAAACUGUAAUAACUUGUAUGAUAAUAUUUAUCAAAGAAUUAUAAAUAUUCUGUGUGUAGACAGACAUUUGAGAUAGGAAAUUACAGAAAUGUCUCCAGUAUUUGUCUGUCAGUGAACACACACACUGGUGAAGACCAUAUAGACACAAAGAACUGAACUGCAGGAGUGUAUUAGCAGUUACAGUUUGCACAGUAUGAAACUUCUGUUUAUAUAUGUAUAUGAUGUAAAAUAGGAUGUAUUAUUACAGGGAGAAAAAUAAAAUAAAAUGAAUCUGGACUGACUGCAGCAAGUCAACAGUUUAACCAAAUUUUGAGAUUUAUGACUAAUAAAACCCAUACAGAAAUAAACAUAUCUUAGUUAUAUAAAGCAUUUUAAAAAUGGAACCUUCACAUGCAGAAUAAGUGUAAAUAGAAACUUUUUGUCGUUGCAAGUUUCUCCCUAAUCUCCUUCAUGACUGCACUUGCUUGUACCUUGUAUGUUUUAAACAAUAAAGUUUGUUUUUUCUAUUUA